AUGAGACACGGCAGAAAGCAAGAGAGAGAUGAAAGAGAGAGAGAUGAAAAAGAAGAGAAAGACAGAAAAGAAAAGCGAGAGAACGAAGAAAGAGGGAGAGGGAAGAAUGAGAGAGAGGAUGGAAAAGAAAGAAAGAGAGAGAAAGAAGAGAGAGUGAGAGAAGAAAGAGAAGAAAGAGGGAGAAGAAAGAGUGAAGAAAGGUAG